AUUUGUUUUAUGGCGUUGAACCGUCCGUCAUUGAUCUUUCUAUUCGCAGGGAUGCACGCGUCUUUUGCGAUGUCGUUCUUCAUCCCCUCAGCUCCUCUGACUUCAAGGUUUACGUCCCUCGCGAAAAGUUCUUGUCCUUUGGUUGCACCAGCAGUGCAAAGAUCCUUCUCGAUCUUGAAUGUCAACAUGGCUGCAAAGAAGGCUGAAACAGCGGAUAAGCCAAAGCGACCCCUCUCUGCAUACUUUUUGUAUGCUGGCGAUAAACGUGCGACUGUAAAAGCAAAGUUUCCCACUAUUGGCAACACUGAGAUAGUCAAGAAGCUGGGUGAGAUGUGGCGUGAACUGCCAGCGAAUGAGAAGAAGGUCUAUGAGGACAAGGCCGCUGCAGCAAAAGCUGAAUAUAAUGCGAAGUAUGGCACAGUCAAAGAAACCAAGCCCAAGAAACCCCUCAGCGCCUACAUGCUAUUCUCCAACCAUGUCCGUCCUGAUGUGAAGAAGGCAAACCCAACUGUUUCGUUCGGAGAAGUUGCUAAGCUCAUUGGUGCUCAAUGGAGGGGAUUGCCUGAAAGCGAAAAGAAGAAGUGGAAGGAUCUUGAGGACAAGGAGAAAGCGAAGUUUGCGCAGAACCAGUAGACUCUUGAGUUGAACUCCUGGCAAAGGAUGCGAUUCUGGUGGUUGGAACCAAGCUCGUUCCUCUCGAAGAUAGUAAAGGCCUUCAUGUCUCUC